AUGUUUUACAUUUUUGUUUUUGUUCUGGAGCAUUUAACACAGCUAUGGCCUCUUCUGCUCUUUGCUUUCACUUCCAUUGCUGUAUGCCACUUAGCAGCUAAAUAUACCAGUAUUAGUGGCAAUACAGUUACGGCAGCAUUAACAACAGCCCAUACACUCAGCAGUUCUACCAUCAACAGCGGUAAAUUAGGUAAAGAGCUUAUCGGAGAACAAUACUGUGCUCCAGGAAAAUUGCCACGUUUUGAAUUCAUUCACCCACCGGUUACCGUCAUAAAUAAUAAUACAUCAUUUGGUCGUAAUUUACUCAAUAAAAAGGAAGCACCACCGAGUACCAUAAAAGAAUCAUCGGAAUCAUCACAAACAAUUGACGAUCAGGAUUCUGACAAAGCGGGAAAGACGCUGAGCCACGAGAAUACGGUUGUACGAGUGGAUACGACCCUUAAACAGCAGCGAAAGGCGGCUGGAAUAAGCAGCAAUAUGGGCAGCCCAUUUCCAGGUUCGCCCCUAUAA